AUGGAGAAGAGCAAUCUGCAAGGUACUAAUAAUCGAGUAUUUCCACGAGCAUUACAACCAAUAGGACGAAAUGUUUGGGACUUGGAUUUGAAUACACUUUCAUGUGGAAUGAAUGAAGAGAACGAUCAGCAAGAAAUUGCUAGCACUGACUCCAAUAUUCUUACUGAAAACGGUGGAUCUGAAAUGCUUCUAUUCCGCAAUCCAAUGGACGAUGAAGAUCUCGAUGUUUUCGAUUGCUUCAAAUCUGGAGAAAUUUCGGAGGUUGAAAAUAUUGUCGAUAAAUUAGGAGCUGAGAUUUUGAAUUCAAGAGAUCGACAUGGUUAUACUGUAACUCAUUGGGUUGCAUUGGAUGGUAAUGUAGAACUUCUACGUUACCUUAUAGAAAAAAAUGCUCCAAUCGAUUUGCCUUGCUUGGGAAUUCAAGGACCUCAUCCAAUUCAUUGGGCCGCUCGAAAAGGUCACACAGCAAUUAUUCAAUUACUUUUGCAAACUGGUCAUGUGCACGUCAACACAGCCGAUUUCAAAGGUCUUACACCACUCAUGACAGCUUCAAUGUACGGUCGAACCAUUUCUGCUUGUUAUCUUUUGGGAAUGGGGGCACAACAUCAUUUAACUGAUAUCAAUGGUGAUACAGCUUUACAUUGGGCAUCUUACAAAGGACAUUCAGAAAUUAUUCAAAUUCUUAUCAAUUCUGGUGUCGAUCUUCAAAAAACUGACAAUUUUGGAUCAACGCCACUUCAUUUAAGUUGUUUAUCUGGUAAUCUUCAAUGUGUUAGAAUUUUAUGUCAAAAACGAAAUUUAGAUUUACAACCAAAAGAUAAAAAUGAGAAAACUCCAUUGAUGUUGGCUCAAAGUCAUCGACAUUAUGAGAUUGUUAAACUUUUGCAAACUGAGAUGAAGAAGAAAUCUCGAUGGUUUCCAGCAUUAUCUGAGGUAUGGGGAUGGAUUUUUGGGGGUGCUGGAAACUCUAAAGGGCCCUUGUUACUCUUUCUCGUGUCAGUUCUUCUUUGGGGGUAUCCAAUGUAUAUUAUUCGUGUGAUUCCAAUAACAUGGAACACUUUACGUCGCUCACAUUAUGUUUUUAUCUUUUGGAAUGUUUUGAUGUGGAUUAGCUGGAUAGUCGCAAAUCGAAGAAAUCCCGGUUACAUUCCUAAAAAUUCCGAUUCAUAUUAUCAAGCGAUCAAACAAAUUCCAUACUUUGAUAAGUGGAAGAAAAGGUCAUGCAACACGAUUUUAUCAAGAUUAUGUCAUAGUUGCCGUUGCUUACGACCAUUGCGUGCAAAACAUUGUCGGAUUUGCAAUCGAUGUGUUCAAAGAGCGCUGCCCACACGAAUUCAAAACGAACCGGUUCAAAAAUUUAGUAAACUAAAAGUAGAAGUAAAACUUAGUUCAAUCUUAUUAAUGGAUGAAUCAGUAAACGUACAAGAUGAAAAUGCAAAGGUUGCUGAAGAUGCUUCAUUAAACAAAAGCAUUAGUGAUAUUAAUAUAAAUGAUAAUAAGAAGGAUUGCAAUGAGACCGGGCGUAGUAAUCCGUCAAAAAUUUUGUUAAACGUUCUAAAGCAUUUAUCACAAGAAAGUAUCAAGGAUUUAAUAAAUGAAUCCAAUGAAUCUCAGAAUGAGCCUGAUUCAAGUUCAGUUGCUGUCGAAAACAGCAAUGAGACUAUUGUGAUCAAAGCCGAACUAACCUCCAAUCAAACAGAGAGUUUGAAUGAAAGUCGGAUGGAUGUAGAUGCAUUUGAACUUCAAGAUGGUCAAAUUACUUCAAACAACGAAGAAACAUCUGAUUCUAUAAUUUUAUUGCUCUCUGAUGAUGAAAAUGCCGAGAAAGGUGAAGAAAAUGCAUCAAAGAAACCAAAACUUGAUUCAAUCGUUGAAGAAAACAUAUCAGGUGAAGUUGUAACAGAAAAAGUUGAGCAAAAUAAAAAUAAUGAAAAUAAGAGUGAUGAUAAGGAGAAUAAUCGUAAAUUUAAUGGAAUAUCUAAAGAUUGCAUCAACCCUGAAUGCUCUCAUGGGUCUUCAAAAUUUUUGGAAUGUUCAAUUUCUGUUUUGAAUUUUUAUUAUCGUCCAAAGAAGAAUAAGCCGCAAUUUGUGUGUGAAAUAUGCUUUGAAAACGCUAUGAAAAAGUAUGAAAUUCUUGUCGAUACUUUUGUCAACAACAAACCACUUCGCGAUAUUGAAAUGCAUAAGAAAUAUGAAAUGGUUGAAGUGAUUGAUUCUGAUGAAGAAGAUGAAAAUAAAAAUGAAUUCUUCAUAAAUUCUAAACUAGAGCAAAUAUUAUUUACCACAGGAACUGAAAUUGAAACGGAAGGAAUCAUGCAACAAAUCUGUAAUAAAAUUGAUAUAACAACACAUUUGAGACGUGAAAAUGACGUUAUCGCAUCACGUAUUAAAAUACUUGAGAAAUCAGAAAAGGAUUUUGAGAAACAAUUACGACAUGUCGAAGACAAAUCACGUUUAUGGUAUAACGAGUUGUAUGCAAUUAACAAGCCAUUAAUAUCGAGACGACCGUCCUUAGAUCUUCCUGCAAACACAAAUCCGAGCAUUAAAGUUUACCAAUCAUCAAGAAAUGAAACAACAUCAAAUACCAAUGAACUUCAUGAAGAUGAAAUUUAUUAUGCCAUCUGCUCACGUUCUGAAGGACGAAUUGGACAAACUUGGGCUCCAUGUAAACUUUUGGAAACAAUUGAACAAGGAGCCAAUGGCAAUAAAAUGUACCGAGUUCAAUUCAUUGAUAACCCAUCAAAAUGUGAAAUUGUUAAAGGCAAAGAAUUCGCUUUGAGUAAAAUAAACAACGCAUUGAAAAUUGGCGCUAGAGUCAUAGCACAAAAUCCACGAGCUCAUUCAAAGACACACAAAGACAUUCACAAACGAUUCUGUCCUGGAGUGAUCGGUGAAAAGCUUUCAAAAUACAAUAAAUCAAGAUAUUUAGUGUUUUACGAUUACGGCCAAGUGAAUUAUGCAACUCCACAACAAGUCCGUGAAAUUGCUGAAGUAUCGAAGAAUGUUUGGGAAGAUGUUCAUAAAAAUCUCUCCGAAUUCAUUCAAGAUUAUUUACAAAGUCACACACAAAGACAACGUGCGCUUUUAAAUGUUCACAUAAAUCGAACUGUUGAAACAGAAAAAAACGGAAUAUGGCGUACUUGUACCAUCGCUGAUAUUGAUUGUAGUCUUGUCAAGUUGUACUUUCCCGAAGAAAAUGUCUAUGAAUGGCUUUACAGAGGAUCAAAGCGACUUGGCCCUCUCUUUAAACAAACAAAUAAAAACAUGAACAUGAAUGCAAGACGAAACACUGACAUCACUUACGUAACCAUCGAUGAUGAUGAUGAAGACGGUGAUGAUGAAAAUGUUGAUAAAACUUCCAUAGAUUCAGAAGCAAAUAAAAGAAAUACUGCACGAAAAUCAACAGCACCAACUUCUUUGUUAAAAUCAUCAUCAAAACCUCCAUCAACAAGUUCAAAUUCAGCACCCACCAAAACUAUCAUUCUCAAUGAUGACCAAUGUUAUUUAUAUGAACCAAAAACAGUUACAAAGUAUCGUCAUUUCACUCCAAUCGCAAGCAUUGCUGCUAAGCAAUACGCAAUGCACACUUGCUCAAACUCAUGUCUCGUUAAACCGUCGCAUAAAUUGCCAUCAUAUAGUCCACUGCCAAAGCCAUUAUUAUCGAAUUGGGAGCGACAAAUCGUAAGACAUAAAAAUAUUAAAGUUGUUUUCUACAAAGCACCAUGUGGAAGACGAUUGAGAAACAUGAAUGAAGUUUGGGAUUAUCUCAACAUCACAAAAUGUGACUACUUAAAUGUUGAUAAUUUUGAUUUUGACACUCAUAUUCAAGUUUUAUUCUUCUACGAUAUCACUAAUAUAGAGGAUUGUCCACUAUACAUACCAGACAUGUCAGAAGGCAAAGAAGGAAUGAAAAUUCCUGUAAUUAAUGCAUUUGAUAAAGUUCCGCCACCUAAAUUAGAAUAUUCAGCUGUGAGACUUCCACAGAAAGGUGUAAACAUCAACACCGAUCCUGAUUUUAUGCCAUGUUGUGAUUGUACUGACGAUUGUUAUGAUAAAAGAAAAUGUUCAUGCUUUCAAAUGACAAUUCAAGGAUAUAAGUUUGCAAAUCGCAAUGAGACAAUGAAUGAUGAUGAUAUCUCUUAUGUUUGGAAACGAUUAUUAAAGCCAGUUCAAACAGGAAUUUAUGAAUGUAACAGUCGCUGUAAAUGUUCAAGUCGUUGUCUUAACAAAGUUGUUCAGAAUCCAAUUCAAGUGAAGAUGCAAUUGUUUAGAACUGAAAAUCGUGGAUGGGGAUUAGAAUGUUGUCAUGAUAUUCCCAUGGGAACAUUUAUUUGCAUUUAUGCUGGUCAACUGUACCCUGAAGAUGAUGCCAAUGCACUUUGUCAAGGAAUUGAUCAUGGUGAUGAAUAUUUCGCUGAAUUAGAUAUAAUUGAAACAGCAACAGCAAUGAAGGAAGGAUAUGAGUCUGGUGUUAUAUAUGAAGAAGAGGAGAGUGAGGAUGAAGAGGAAAGACCUUCUUCCGAUUCAUCUGACAGUGAUUAUGAUGCUCAUAAAGAUCACGAAGAUGAAGAUUUUAUAAGUAGAACAAAACAAUCUGGAAAUCGUGAAAUUAUCACAAGGUCAGCUCGUGGUGAUACAAACAAGAAAAAUUCUUCUGCUAAAAAAAAACAAAAUGUCAACGAAACAUCAGAUUCUGAUAACGAAAUGGUGAAUAUGUUGCCUACAGCUAGUGAUGGUUCAGGAGAAAACCCAAAAUGGAAAUUUUCAUUGAGAAAAUAUUUUGGAAAGAAUGAGAAAGUUUACAUUAUGGACGCGAAGCAUUGUGGAAAUGUUGGACGAUAUUUUAAUCAUUCUUGCGAUCCGAAUUUGAUGGUGCAAAGUGUUUUUGUUGACACCCAUGACAUGCGCUUUCCUUGGAUUGCUUUCUUUGCAUGUCGUGCUAUAAAAGCUGGUACUGAACUAACCUGGAACUACAACUAUGAAGUCGGCAGUGUUGCUGCAAAAUUUAAAGAAUACUCAAUAAAAUCACUUUUAAUACCGAUUCCAUCAAAUGUUUUGGAUUAUAUUCUUUACGAGCAAUUUAUUUUACCAAAAGAAUGUGGGGAACUUAGUAAAGAAACCGAUUCGAAUAAUUUUAUUGGAGAAGAGUGCAAAUUCGACAGUGAUGAUGACAAUGACGAGGAUUAUAAUGCUCCUGAGUUUCCUGAAUUUUCCAAAGUAAUUUCUGAAACUUUGGAAAAACUUGGAAAAAAAGCUUUUAUAAAAACAAAUUGGAGUUGUCCUAAAGAUUCCUGUUGGAUUACCACAAGUAAUAUAUUAUGCGUUAGCGACCUGACAGAUGUCUAUCAAUUGUUAAAAGCGUCAAGCAUUUGUCAGCAAGAUUUCUUGAAACCCGGACCUCAUUACCUAGUCAUGAAAGAAUGGAAGGAAAUCGACGCAGGGGCUGAAUUCAGAUGUUUUGUUCGUAAUAAGAAACUUAUUGCUAUUUCACCAAGAGAUUUCCCAGAAUUUCAUCAACAUUUCGAAUCACACAGACUUGAAAUUAUUGAAGAUAUUACGGAUUUCUUUAAAAAGAAAAUCGAGCGUAAAUUCAAUACUUUGAAUUAUGUUAUUGAUAUGUUCAAAGAACCUCAGGAGAACGACAAGGAAAACUUCUCUGUAGAUGAGGGCUUAGUUAAUCAAAUACAUCGUUUGCUUCUUGAUAAGAAAGUUCAAAAUCAAAAUUAA